GGGCCCCACACAGGCCGCGGCGGCUGGCUCGGGCCCCUACGGUCCCGGCGGCGGCUGGAGGAGGAAGCCAGGCGACUGGCGGAGGAGGGGAGGCGGAGGAGGCCGAGACCGGAGCGCCGCUCGUUGAAGACUCACUUCCCCGGCUCAGCAGGGAAAGGUUCCUAGGAGGUGAGUGCGGACGGUAUGCAAAGUUGUGAAUCCAGUGGCGACAGUGCGGAUGACCCUCUCAGUCGUGGCCUGCGGAGAAGGGGACAGCCUCGUGUGGUGGUGAUCGGCGCCGGCUUGGCUGGCCUGGCUGCGGCCAAAGCGCUUCUGGAGCACGGCUUCACCGAUGUCACUGUGCUCGAGGCUUCCAGCCGCAUCGGAGGCCGCGUGCAGAGCGUGAACCUCGGACACGCCACCUUUGAGCUGGGAGCCACCUGGAUCCAUGGCUCCCAUGGGAACCCUGUCUAUCAUCUAGCCGAAGCCAACGGCCUCCUGGAAGAGACGACCGAUGGGGAACGCAGCGUGGGUCGCAUCAGCCUCUACUCCAAGAAUGGCGUGGCCUGCUACCUUACCAACCACGGCCAGAGGGUCCCCAAGGACGUGGUUGAGGAAUUCAGCGAUUUAUACAACGAGGUCUAUAACAUGACCCAGGAGUUCUUCCGGCACGGUAAACCAGUCAACGCUGAGAGUCAGAACAGCGUGGGGGUGUUCACCCGGGAGGAGGUGCGCAACCGCAUCAGGGCUGACCCUGACGACUCCGAGGCCACCAAGCGCCUGAAGCUCGCCAUGAUCCAGCAGUACCUGAAGGUGGAGAGCUGCGAGAGUAGCUCGCACAGCAUGGACGAGGUGUCCCUGAGUGCCUUUGGGGAGUGGACCGAGAUCCCCGGCGCCCACCACAUCAUCCCCUCGGGCUUCAUGCGGGUUGUGGAGCUGCUGGCCAAGGGCAUCCCGGCCCACGUCAUCCAGCUGGGCAAGCCCGUCCGAUGCAUUCACUGGGACCAGGCCUCGGCCCGCGCCCGCGGCCCUGAGAUCGAGCCCCGGGCCGAGGGCGACCACAAUCACGACAGCGGGGAGGACGGCCAGGGCGGGGAGGGGCCCCGGGGCAGCAGGCCGGACGAGGACGAGCGCUGGCCGGUGAUGGUGGAGUGCGAGGACUGCGAGGUGGUCCCGGCCGACCACGUGAUUGUGACCGUGUCCCUGGGCGUGCUCAAGAGACAGUACCCCAGCUUCUUCCGGCCAGGCCUGCCCACCGAGAAGGUGGCCGCCAUCCACCGCCUGGGCAUCGGCACCACCGACAAGAUCUUCCUGGAGUUCGAGGAGCCCUUCUGGGGCGCCGAGUGCAACAGCCUGCAGUUCGUGUGGGAGGACGAGGCUGAGAGCUGCACCCUCACCUACCCGCCCGAGCUCUGGUACCGCAAGAUCUGCGGCUUCGACGUGCUCUACCCGCCCGAGCGCUACGGCCACGUGCUCAGCGGCUGGAUCUGCGGCGAGGAGGCCCUCGUCAUGGAGAGGUGUGACGACGAGGCGGUGGCCGAGGUGUGCACGGAGGUGCUGCGGCAGUUCACAGGGAACCCCAACAUUCCCAAGCCACGGCGGAUCCUGCGCUCGGCCUGGGGCAGCAACCCCUAUUUCCGCGGCUCCUAUUCGUACACGCAGGUGGGCUCGAGUGGGGCAGACGUGGAGAAGCUGGCCAAGCCCCUGCCCUACACGGAGAGCUCCAAGUCAGCGCAGGGGAGCGCCACAAAGCAGCAGCCUGGUCACCUUUUAGCUUCCAAGUGCCCAGAACAGUCCCUGGACCCCGAUAGGGGCUGCAUAAAGCCCAUGCAGGUGCUGUUCUCCGGGGAGGCCACCCACCGCAAGUACUACUCCACCACCCACGGUGCUCUGCUCUCCGGCCAGCGCGAGGCCGCCCGCCUCAUCGAGAUGUACCGAGACCUCUUCCAGCAGGGGCCCUGAGGGCUGGCCUCGCGGGGCAGCAUCCCGUGAGCAGCCACUGGCUGACUCGUGACUGCCGUGGGCUCCCGGCUCCCUCAUCCUCUGUAGAGUGGAUUUUUAUCUCUUGUAGACUCUGACACCCUGACCGGCUCCAGACCUGGCCCUGUAGCUUUCCCUCCCUCCAGGCCGGGCUGUGACCAGGUGUGUCCUGUGGAUCGCCCUCUGUGCUUUGACCACUGCUCCCUCCCCACCCCUGCCCCCUUGUUCUUGCAAGUGCCUUCAAUACUUUGCAUUUUGGGAUAAUAAACGAGGCGACCCUUCCCGUGCGCCUCAGCUUCUCUCUUCUGUUUGCAUCAACCUGUGUGUGUGUGUGUGUGUCUUUAAAUC